UCUUCAGCGUUGGAAUCCCUUCUGGAGGGGCCAACAUAACUUGGAAGUUUAGACCUUGAGUGAGAGAGAUCGGAAAAUGGAGGAAAGCAGCCCUGUCCGCCCACGGCUUUGGUGCCUCGCUCUUCCUGUCUGUGAAAUGGACUUCUGGUUAAUCCCAGUGAGGUUUUAGUGUGCAUCCUGCCCUCCAGAACUACAUGUCCCAAGGUGCUCGAGGUGACCUUGCUCCCCCUCCCCCUCGGACCCGCCUCCCUCCAGUCCAAGUCACGUCGUCUAACCUGUUCCCGGUGCCUGCCCCGCCCCGUCCUCGGUUCCCCGCAGCUGGAACCGGAGCCGGAGGAAGCCCCCCGUGCCAGGAUCUGCCUCGGACCCGAGGAAACUGAGGUACAAAGAUGCUAAGGAGCCCGAAGUAGAGGCAGAGUGAGAGGAAGUUCCUAGCCCAUUCCACAGAAGGGGAAAUCAAACGCCAGAGCAAACGGGGGAGGACACAGACAGCGCUGCUGUGUCCCGACCAAGCCGCAGGAUUUCAACCUGGUAUUCCCAGCCCCUGCUGGCGCCCUGGCCUGGUUCCUGUUAAGGAUCCCACCUCCAGGAGCUGACGUUUCCCAGCUGGGGCAGUGGAAGGGCGAAGCGCUUGCACGGUCGUGCUCCCUGGGCUCCGCGUUCCGGGGACCGGGUCUGAGCUGCUCCCCUACCGCGCAGGCGCCCCGCUGCGGCUGGCACCAUGGACAGCGAGGCUUUCCAUAGUGCGCGGGACCUCCUGGACCUGAAUUUCCAGUCGCUGGCCAUGAAGCACAUGGACCUGAAGCAGAUGGAGCUGGACACUGCGGCUGCCAAGGUGGACGAACUGACCAAGCAGCUGGAGUCGCUGUGGUCAGACUCGCCAGCGCCCCCUGGCUCACAGGCUGGAGCCCCCAUUAGGCAAUCGCGGUACAGCUCCAGCCCGAUCCCUGAGUCCUUCGGCAGCCGAGGCUCCCCGAGAAAGGCGGCCACCGACAGCGCAGACUCCCCGUUCGGACGCUCCGAGAGUGCCCCGGCUUUGCACUCCUACAGCCCACUGUCGCCCAAGGGCCGGCCCUCGUCCCCGCGCACCCUGCUGUACCUUCAGCCCGAGACCUACGGCAGUCUGGACCGCGCACCCUCGCCCCGGCCCCGCGCCUUUGAUGGCGCCGGCAGCCCCCUGGGCCGUGCGCCCUCCCCGCGGCCAGGGUCGGGCCCGCUCCGCCAGCAAGGCCCCCCUGUGCCCUUUGACUAUCUAAGCCGCUCGGGCUCCCCACGUGGUAGCCCUCUGGCGGAGGGGCCCCAGGCCUUCUUCCCCGAGCGCGGACCCUCGCCGCGUCCCCCUGCCUCAGCCUACGAUGCGCCCGCUGCUUUCGGGAGCCCUCUGCUGGGCUCGGGCGGCAGUGCCUUCGCCCCGCCUUUGCGGGCCCAAGAUGACCUGACGCUGCGCCGGCGCCCCCUUAAAGCCUGGAAUGAAUCUGACCUGGAUGUGGCUUAUGAGAAGAAAUCUUCGCAGACAGCGAGCUAUGAACGCCUAGACGUCUUCACACGGCCUGCCUCGCCGGGCCUGCAGCUGCUGCCUUGGAGAGAGAGCAGCCUGGAUGGGCUGGGGGCCUCGGGCAAGGACAAUCUCACCAGUGCCACCUUGCCGCGCAAUUACAAGGUUUCGCCUCUGGCCAACGACAGGCGCUCAGACGUAGGCAGCUACCGUCGUGCGAUGGGUGCCACUGUGGGGCCAUCGGGCACCCUGCCCCGCAGCUGGCAGCCUGUCAGCCGCAUCCCCAUGCCACCUGCCAGCCCGCAGCCCCGCGGGGCCCCGCGCCAACGCCCCAUCCCCCUCAGCAUGAUAUUCAAGCUGCAGAACGCCUUCUGGGAGCACGGGGCCAGCAGGGCCAUGCUGCCUGGGUCCCCUGUCUUCUCCCGAGCACCCCCGCCUAAGCUGCCUCCACAGCCCCAGCAGCUGCCGCAGCCCCAGCAGCUUCCCCAGCCUCAGCCACAUCCACAGCCCCAGCCUCAGCCUCAGCCCCAGCCCCAGCCCCAGCCCCAACCUCAGCCCCAGCUCCAGCCCCAGCCCCAGCCCCAGGCCCAAAUACCCACCCCAGCUGCCCAACCCCCACAACAGACAUGGGCACCUGUGAACGAAGGCCUCCUUAAAUCCCCCGCUGAGCUGGAUCCGGAGCCGGAACUCGAGGUGCUGCUGACCCCAGUGCUGGAGGCUGGUGAUACAGAUGAAGGCACUGUCACUCGACCCCUCAGUCCCACGAGGCUGCAGCCAGCGCUGCCACCCGAGGCGCAAUCGGUGCCUGAGCUGGAGGAGGUGGCUCGAGUGCUGGCAGAGAUCCCUCGGCCCCUCAAACGCAGGGGCUCCAUGGAGCAGAGCCCUGCCGUGGCCCUGCCCCCCACCCAUAAGAAGCAGUACCAGCAGAUCAUCAGCCGCCUCUUCCACCGGCACGGCGGGCCAGGGCCUGGGGGUCCUGAACCGGAGUUGUGUCCCAUCACUGAGGGCUCCGAGGCCAGAGCAGGGCCCCCAGCUCCCGCCCCACCAGCUCCCAUACCACCCCCAGCCCCACCCCAGAGCAUCCCGCCAGAACAGCCCCAGAGCAUGGAGAUGCGCUCCGUGCUGCGCAAGGCGGGCUCCCCGCGCAAGGCCCGCCGCGCUCGCCUCAACCCACUGGUGCUGCUGCUGGAUGCGGCGCUGACUGGGGAGCUGGAGGUGGUGCAGCAGGCAGUAAAGGAGAUGAACGACCCAAGCCAGCCCAAUGAGGAGGGCAUCACAGCCCUGCACAACGCCAUUUGCGGUGCUAACUAUGCAAUUGUCGACUUCCUCAUCGCUGCUGGCGCCAACGUCAACUCCCCUGACAGCCACGGCUGGACACCUUUGCACUGUGCGGCGUCGUGCAACGACACAGCCAUCUGCAUGGCCCUGGUGCAGCAUGGCGCGGCCAUCUUUGCCACGACGAUCAGCGACGGUGCCACUGCCAUCGAGAAGUGCGACCCCUACCGGGAGGGCUAUGCCGACUGUGCCACCUACCUGGCAGACGUGGAGCACAGCAUGGGGCUGAUGCACAGCGGGACGGUGUAUGCGCUCUGGGACUACAGCGCCGAGUUCGGGGAUGAGCUGUCCUUCCGCGAGGGUGACUCUGUCACCGUGCUGCGGAGGGAUGGGCAGGAGGAGACCGACUGGUGGUGGGCAGCACUGCACGGACAGGAGGGCUAUGUGCCACGGAACUACUUUGGGCUUUUCCCCAGGGUGAAGUCCCAGAAGAAUAAAGUCUAGGAGGAUGGAAGACGUCUCCCAGGGAGACAAAAGCACCACCUAACUGCUCCCCAGACCUCAGACCUGCCUCUUCAUUUAUGCUGCACCUCUCACUCUGCAGGCCUGGGGCCCUCACCCCCACUUCCUGCUCCUCCAGAAUUCUAGGGAGGAGAAUCUCAGCCUUCAAUUUAGCAACCUGCCUUAGCCAUGGGAAGUUCAGGGAGUGGGGCUGGAGUCUUUUGUUGUGUGUGUGUGGUUCUGGCGAAUUGAAUGCAGGACCUUUAUACUGAGCUAC